AUGGACAAUCAACGAAACACAAUUAUACUAUCUGGAAACCUUCCAAUUCAUUGCAGAGACGGAAACAUUGGAUUCUACGCACCCUCUUACUCUUCUGUUGGGGCAUCUAUUUUGUACGGCAUGGGUCCUGAAAAAAGAAAGCAUACUACCUUUAUUGGAAUACCCCACCCAGAGGGAAUGCCCGCAUACAAAACAGUGCAGCCAACGGAGUUUAAGUUUAUGCCGGUUAAAACAAGCAAGCGGCCUAUGGACUUGGUAUUUUCGCAGCAUCUGUCGCAGGCAUGCCAUCACUCGCUAGGAAAGAGCGCGCUGUAUCCUCAAGACCUGGAGGACUCAUACAAUGACUAUCUUGGGUUCAACCAAGAGUUUUUGGCAGUUCUGAAACAAGUAUACACCCACGAGGACACAGUCGUAAUUCUGGGAAAGCAUCUUCUAAUGCUGCCUGGCCUUAUCCGGAAGGAGUUUCCGCUGGCCAAGAUCAUUCUAGUGUACCUGUGCCCGUUCCCAGCAUACGAGCUAUUCAGCUGCAUACCAUAUUCAAAGGAGAUUCUUCUUUCAAUGUUGAUGUGCGACAGGCUGGAGCUUCAAAGUGCAGACUACCUUGAAAACUUCAUUUCGACUGCAUUCCUCUUAGUAAAUGCCCAGACAAAGGAAAUAACAGAAAAAAACCUAGAGAUGAUUAGAGGAAACUCAAGUCUUGUGUUUGUGGAUAGAGAGGCUGAAGCGCAGAAAAGCAAGCAGGACAGUCAUAUGCUGCCCUAUGAAGAGGACAAAAAGGAUAUGCUUUCAAUGCUGACCACAUCAUACAGAACAUCAUUUUUAGACAUUGAGGAUGGCAGGCUGACAGAGGAAAUUGGGGUCAAUGAUGGUGACGAGCAGGCGGUGAAAGAGUAUCUGGACGACACUAUGCCCACUGUGGCGCGCCUAUCCAAGGAGGAAGUCCACAAAACAUAUGUGGUCUAUGUGGAAAACUCUAGAGUGCUAGUGUCUGUCACACCAAAGCAUGCGCCUUCUGGCUAUAUAGCAGAAGUGCUUGCCAGCAAACAAUGCACGGAGAUUCUAGAAAAAAUAAAAGAGACAAAAAAGGAUAGAAAGCUUGUGAUUGUGGCAGAAACAACAAGGAAGAUUGGGGCGCCUGCGCACAACCUUCUUUCUGUGCUGAAGUAUCUUAAAAGAAAUCCAAAUAGCAAGGUGGAUUUUAUCAGAUGUGUGGUGUACGGAGAGAGUGUUGCAUUUCAUAGCACGGAGCUGUCAGGCCUGGCAGAGACAAUUGCCUCGCAGCACCCCACCCGGUUUACAACAAUCAUCUUCCCGUCAACAUACCUGUACUUCGCACUGCUGAAACUGGCAGAUGUUUGCAUUGUUGGAUCUCCAACAGACUCUAUGUCACUGGUGGCCUCAGAGUACAUAUGCAGCAAUCCCCAGGGAAGGCUUAUUGCACCGUAUUCCUCUGGCAUUGCAUUUAAGCACGCGCUGUACACGCUCAACUGCCCAAACAUCACUGCAGAGGUGAUUAAAAGUGCACUGGAGGACACAGCUAGAGAAAUGGAUGUGCUGGAGAGUAUGGAGGAGUGGAUGCACCAUAUGCACCGCACACUGCGAGUUUAUGCCCCAAUUGUGGAAGAGGAGAAUCACAAAGUGCCAAAGCAUCUUUUGAAAGACAUUUUGACAGAGCAGGAGAGCAUAAGAAGCGCAUAUCUUCAAUCAGAAACAAGAUCAAUCUUUUUAGAUUAUGAUGGAACCAUGGCAGAGAUAGUUCCAAACCCAAGAGAUGCAAAGCCAACAGAAGAAAUACUGGACAUUCUGCACACGCUAUCCCAGGACAAAAAAAACAGCGUGUUUAUAGUGACAGGCAGAGGCCGAGAGGAGGCGGAGGAGUGGUUUGGCCACCUUGACAUCCAGAUAUAUGCAGAGCAUGGAACGUAUAAAAAAGAAAAUGGAGCAUGGAGAGAAAUACCAUGUGAUAUUUCUUGGAAGCCGGCGGCAAUCAAGAUAAUUGAAGAAUAUGUAAGCUACACGCCUGGGUCAUCCAUAGAGGUGAAGAAUACAUGCGUGGUCUUCCACUGCAAGGACCAUGGAAAGUGGUGUGCCAAUGCUUUGCAGAGAAUACUAGGAACCCGCGCAAGAAUUGUUACAGGCAAGAACAUUGUUGAGGUGCGUCCUAAGUGCGUGGACAAAGGAUCCUGUAUUGAAAAAGAGCCGCGCUCCACUGAAUUUACGCUGUGUGCAGGAGAUGACGCAACAGAUGAGGACAUGUUUAUGGUUCUUCUGAAUACGCCUGGAGCGUACACUGUGUGUGUAGGAGACAGAAUUUCGUGCGCCUCCCUGCGCGCGCAGGCCCCAAAAGACCUUCGUGAAUUCUUAAAGAGUCUCUAUCAAUAA